UGGCUAUUAGCUAGCCUCAACCUGUUGUGUGAUGUUUUUAUUUGUGAACCCACCUCGAUAAGUGAUUUUACAAAGGGAGGAGGGUUGACGGUGCAGCUCGCUCUGUGGUGAAAUGCUUUCCAGCAUGUAUAAGGCAGUCAAUAAAAAAAAAAAAAAAGGUUUCUGAUGACUUAUGAUUGUUUACUCUCCUGCCGAAUGGGACAGUGGUAAGCUCGCAGCUCUCAGUGCGCAGAGGGGGAGGAUUCCACCAGCUAAUGUUUACGAAGCACUUGAGAGCAAACAUUAUGCAACCAAUAAGUUGAAAGUCGAAAGCCUAAAAGCAUAGACUCCUCUGCAAAGUCUAUGACCUCAUGCAUUCCUGAUGACGAGUCCCAGAGCAGGCUCCUCUCCUGCCCCACUCCCUCAGGUGGAAACCAGGCGGCUCAGGCAUGCCUUGGAGUAAUAUUGCCGCUGAUCGAAAUUCUUCCCUUGACCAAACUUCAGGCAGACUCCUCCUCGGAGGCCCAGGGGUGUGUUCUCUUCACCCGGUUUUAGCAAGAACAUGUCAGUUCAGCUGCAACCCCCAUAACUCCAUGUGUGAUCACCCCCUCCCAUGCCUGAUCAGUUGCUCAUCCUCCAUUGACUUUCAAAGCAAGGUCUGGCCACCCGAGUCUAUCCAUAGAGGAAUUCAGUUAGAUCCGUUUAUCUGGAAUUCCCUCUGGUCCCUGAAUUCCCCUCAGUCAUUUCCCAUCCGUUGACCCCCAUUCUGCCUCCAGGCUGUGAAUCCCCAGUGGCUCAGGCUGUGCUGGAAGUUGAGCUCCAUCUGUUUUCUCACCCCAAGACCUACCUACCCCAAUAGACUCUGCCUGACAACGUCCUGCUUUUCAUAACGUAAACUGUCAUUUAAAAAACAAACAUCAUUCUCAGAAGUCUGAGGCUGUAAGACUUGGGCCAUACUGUAAGAGGGGAUUCCGUGUGCUUCUCGAUCCAAUGAGGGGUCAUCUCUCCUCUUCUGUGAGUCCCCAGAGUGGGAGGCAAGACAGAACACGUCUGAGGAUGGUAUUUCCAGAGUGUGACCUGAGCCCUCAGCCAGGCGGAGGGUUAUUAAUAGUCUGGUUUUAGUGCCCUGCGGGGCACUGGUGCCUAGAGUGGACGCUGCUGGAGGCAGAGGGAGGGCGGGGCGGAGCCGAGCAGGAGGAGGAGAUCGUGCCUGAGAGGCUGGCUGGACUCGGACGCUACGGCCCCUCCCAGCUCCCCACCCGCUCCCGGAGCCCAGUUGUUCUCUCAGCGGAUUCUCAGGGACUGGUUCAUCACCUUUGAAUACUCCUGUGACAGGAGGCGCUUGCAAAACCCGCCCCCAGCCCCCAGCAGCAAAUAAAUAGAAGGCUCCCAGCCCAGAAGCCAGGAGAAGUUUCUAGGCGCGUGAGUCCCCGAGCUUUUAUUAAACUCCUGGCUGCGCUCAAGACCUCAGCAGGCUUUGGCUGGGAGCCGGGGCAGCCUGGGAGGAGGGCAGUCGGUGGCUUGCUGAUAGCCUGGUGAGGUGGGACUGAGAGAGGCCCUCUGGGAUUCUGCUGGGCCCGAUUAGGUGGUCACCUUUGUGAGCCAGGACCCCAGUGCAAUUCUGGGCAGCGGAUGUUUGGGCUUGUGGCUAAAGGAAGAUCAGCAUUUUCUGAAGUGGAGAAUUAAACUCUGAAAGCCAUCUCAAGCCACAUCACCUUGCUGUGUGACCUUUGGGUAGGUGGCUCCGUCUCUCUGAGCCUCUGUUUCCCCCUCUAAGCUCAACAAACACCAUGGCUGACGGGCAAUUGCCUUUCCCGUGCUCCUACCCAAGCCGCUUGCGCCGAGACCCCUUUCGGGACUCACCGCUCUCUUCCCGCCUGCUGGACGAUGGCUUUGGCAUGGACCCCUUCCCAGACGACUUGACAGCCCCUUGGCCCGAGUGGGCUUUGCCUCGGCUCUCCUCUGCCUGGCCUGGAACCCUAAGGUCUGGCAUGGUACCCCGAGGGCCUACAGCCACAGCCAGGUUUGGGGUACCUGCUGAGGGUAGGAACCCCCCACCCUUCCCUGGGGAGCCCUGGAAAGUGUGUGUCAAUGUGCACAGCUUCAAGCCGGAAGAACUGAUGGUAAAGACCAAGGAUGGAUACGUGGAAGUGUCAGGGAAGCACGAAGAGAAGCAGCAAGAAGGUGGGAUUGUCUCCAAGAACUUCACCAAGAAAAUACAAUUGAGAAACUGAGGCUCCAGAGCAGGAAGUGGCUUAUCCGAACACCCCCGGAGCACACAGAUGCAGGAAGUCAGAGCCUCAGCCCAGCUGCCAGGCUUUUUCUGCUAAACUGCUCCCACCUGUGAGAUUCCAGAAGCUUGAAAAAGAAAUUCCUUCCCCAGAGACCAGCUCUAAGCCCAGGGGAGUCAUAAUAAAGAUGAAGAAAAAAAGCUUCCUUUUUAUUAAGAGCUUCCUAUGUGUGUCAAGCUUACUUUACUGUGCCAAGUGCUUUCCAGACGUUUUCCUCCCAGGAAGGCAGGAAAGAGAAUUGUCCCCUCGUAGCUGACGGGGAAUGGAGGACAGCACGUUGCAGGGUUCAUCCUGGACAGAGGUGGUAUUGAAGGCUGGCUCCCACGGUGCCUUCCUAAAGCUGUGGCUUCUCUAGUGCCACCCACACAUCGCUUUGCCCAGUGACCUUCCUACACAAAGCAGAUCCAAGAGGGCGCUUACAGAGGUGGGAAAGGCGAACGUUACACCAGCCCGCGCAACCACCCUCUCCACUUGAGCAGCAAGAGACAGAGGAACCAGGUACCAUGGGAGGCGGGCAUUGGGAAUCCUUCGUGCCCAGCAAGGAUAGAGGAAGGGGCCUCUGAGAUGAACAAUACCAGGGCCCUUUCAUCCCAGAGCAGGAGAUUCAGUCAUUGGCAAAUACAUCAUGGAAGUCCCAUGCUAGUUGUGGCAAUUUCAGUGGGAGGAGUUGAGCUCUUUUAUCUGCCUGGUGCUUGGAAGUCUUUGGGCUGUGAGAGGGUAUGAAAAUAUUUCCCGGGGCUGGGGAUUUAGCUCAGUGGUAGAGCGCUUACCUAGGAAGUACAAGGCCCUGGGUUCGGUCCCCAGCUCCGAAAAAAAGAACCAAAAAAAAAAAAAAAAG